AUGCCCCACCGGCCGUCUUCUUCCUGUACGGAGACAGAAGCGGGCUGGUCUCGGUCGCCUUGCGCACUGCGGUCUCUGAGCCGCAACGCCCCUCCUUGCUCUGCAUCUCCGCUCUCCGAGCAGCCACUCUCCUCCGGCGGAGCGCCGGGGAUGGGCCCUGUCGGCGGUGGCGCCGUACGCCCGGCGCAUUUGUUUCGCCUGCAGCGUCGCAGGUUCGUGUCGCGUCGCGCCUCGGGCGGCGACCUUUCCUCCCCCUCUCAGAACGAUAAGGCAGGGAGGAACUGCGCAUCGCUUUCUUCCGGCGACUCUGGUUCGGGCGAGCAGGGACACGUCGCCGGGGACGCGACCGACUUGCAGCGGCUCUUUGAGGCGAUGUACGUCCUCCCGGAGGACGAUGCGUGCCAUGCGAGCGUGAAGAAGCGCACGAAGAAAAGUCGGCGAAGCUCCGAAGCGGCUGCCGCAUCGGCGAGGGGCUCUUCCAGCGGUGUGCCGACGAGCGACUGCUCACUCUCUGCGCCGGAGUUUGAUCCAGUGCUCUCGACUGCCUCCCCUUCAUUCGGAGGUCCUCUCGCCUCCCACGCUUCCUCGUGUCCAGAACUCCGCACCUCGCCUACCUCUUCAGAGGCCUCCACGUCUCCGCCGUUUUGCCUGCCUGCAAAGCCUGAAGAGCUUCCUGCCCCGUCAUCGACUCGGGCGCACAGUCCCCCGUUCCUCCCCGCACCGCACGGACUGUUGUCACGCCAGGCUGCUGAGCCGCCUCAAUCUUCUUUCCCUUCGCCACCCUCUCGUCAGUUCCCCUCUCUGACAUCAGUUCCAUCCUCGUCUCCCCCUUCUUCCUCGUCUCUCCCUUCUUCCUCGUCUCCCCCUUCUUCCUCGUCUCCCCCUUCUUCCUCGUCUCUCCCUUCUUCCUCGUCUCCCCCUUCUUCCUCGUCUCUCCCUUCUUCCUCGUCUCUUUCUUCUUCUGGCGGGGUGCAUGCAGGGGGGUCAGGAGAUCUCGGUCACUCUUCUGCUUCCCGCGUCUUUCCUGCUUCGCCUUCUCUGCCUGCGUCUUCGUCGCGGUCGCCUUCCUCAGCUGCAGGUUUCGCCUCUCAGCCGCCCGCUGAAGACGAUCUGGACGACCCGAUCGCCUGGUUCCUCGAUUCGUCUGCGUCUCCUCUGGCUGCCUCCCUGCCGCCAAAGCCGACGCCGCCCCGGUUGUCGCGGCGGCGGACUCUUGCUCGCGCGGCGUCUGUGCCUCGAGACCGAAACCGCUGGAUGACUCAGCCGGACGUCCUGAUCAAGAUGAUGUUCAAGGCUUCGCAGAACAACGUGCGCGACGCCAAUCUGUGGAAGGUCUUUGUCCAGCGCGUGGCUCUGACGGCGGUGCACAUGAAUGCACACCAGCUGGCCCUCACGCUGUACGCCUUUGCUCGCGUGCGCUACUUCGACGCGCGGCUUCUUCACACACUCGCCCCCUUCGUCUUGAAACUGCUCGACCAGUUCUCCCCACAGGGCCUCAGCCUGGUCUUGAACGCAUUCAAGAAGCUGCGCGUUCACAAGUACGACACCGUCGAACUCAUCACCAACCAGCUGUGCCUGGAGAUCCACAAAUGCGGCGCACAGGACUUGGCGCUCGCAGGCAACAGCUUGGCUUUCUUCUACGUCUACCACGCAAAGUUCUGGAAGCUGCUUCUCAAGCACCUCCCGCGCGUCGGACCGCAACUCACGCCGCCGCAUGCGGCGAUGCUCGUCGCCGCCUUUGCUCGGAUCGACCUCAGGGAUGGCUCUGCGCUCUUGUUGCUGUCUCGGAUCCUGAAGAAGCAUUCUUUGUCUUUGGACCAGGCGCAGCUGUCCGUGGCCGUCAGCGCGUUCAGCAAGCUGGACUUCACGCAUCCCAAGUUGACCAUUUCCUUCCACAAGGCAGUCCACCACCUCUUUGCUCAGGAUCCGGACCCGUUCGACUGCCAGGCUCUUUGUCUCCUUCUCCACUCCACGGUGUGCCUCACCGGCGGCUCCGAACAGCUGAUUCGACGCCUCCUCGUCGCACUCGUCCGAAAGUCGCCUUCCCUUGCUGUUCAUCAGAUGAGGAAACUGCGCCACACGGCAAUUGUCUUUCAAGCACACCACCCCGAUCUCUACGAGCAACUCGACGAGGACGUCCGCCGGUUUCUGACGAACGUUCGAGAUGCGACUCCCAAGGAGCUAGGAGACCACGGAUCGCGCUGGGCCGUCGAGGUUGCCUGGAUGCUGCAAGAGAUGGGCAUUUCAUUUCAGCGGCGUCUGUACAUCAACGGGUGCCGCAUCGAUAUUCUUCUUCCUGAGAAAAAAGUCGUUAUUAUGUGCGCAGGCCCCCACCACUUCUACCUGGACUCUACCAGGAGAACGGCGUACUCGAGACUUCAGCAGCGCCUGUUGGAGCUUCAGGGCUACGCCGUCUGCGUGCUGCCCUACUACGAGUGGUCUGAGCUGAAGAGCCCCGAGGAGAAGCAGCGGUUCCUGUGGACCUUCGGACGUCGCGCGGCAGCAGAAAUUCAGACGGCAGCGCUCGCCGGCGAGGCACAUGCUGAUGAAGAGAGCUCGGAGCGAGUUGCCUACGCGAAUACUUUCUCAGAAGACCCUGUCGAGCUCGCCUUGACUGCAGAGGAGGCGUUCGACGAGGAUGAGGACUCCUGCAGCGACACAUCUGAUCUGUGUUCGGAGAUUCUGGGUGAAAGCGACCGGCCACCAGACCCCUUCGACGAUCUGCAGGAGUCCCUGCCGCACGCUUUCGGGGAUCGAACAGAAGAGCGUGACGCCCAGCACCAGGCGUGA